CUAGCUAGCUCCCUACCGCUAUAGCUCGCCUAGCGCUCGCUCGGCCGGUCUCUUCCUCCAUCUUCAUCUCUCUGUUCUUGUCGAAUGUCGUGAUAGAACGAUGGCUGGCAGCUCAGCUUUCCUGUUUUUCUCAUUUUUAUCUAUAUUUGCUAUUUCCACUUCUAGUGAGUUCUACAAUCCUGUUAGUUCUCAGGCGUUCAACGAUGUCAAGAAAUCGAAAGAGAUUGUCGCCAUUUCAUUCAUAAGAACUACGCCACCGUACUCUGAAAGCUUUCAAAGUCAUUUUAGUGAGGCUGGUGAUUACCUAGAGGACUAUGGAGUCUUCCUUGGAACGGUGAACUGUUUGUCAGAUCCUGAACCUGAUUAUUGUCUUCGAUCAGAUGCUACAGAGAACCUAUACAUUUUCAGACAUGGAAAUUUCCUCAUCACCUUGGCCUAUGAUACUCUCUUCGAUGUCGAUUCUAUUGUUUCUAAUAUUCUCCACCUUGUUCUCCUGAUUGAUGUGCCCAUCAUUGGAGAACCAUCUAGUCUUCUUGAGAAGCAAGAUAGAUAUAAGGGAAAGAAGGACAUUAUCAUGGGUUAUGUCCCAGCUGUUGGAACUGCAGCUGAUCGAGCAUUCAUGGAGGUGGCCUUUGCUCACAGACACAAAUAUGAGUUCAUUCUAACGACUAAUAGAUAUCUUUUGGAAGAAGAACAAGAAAAUAAACCUAAUUUGGAUCAGUUACCAGACUCAGUUGUUGGCAUAAGCCAAUGCAGCAAUGCACAGUCACAUCAGGAUUGUAUGUGGAUCAAGUAUCAUGGACCAGUCACACUAGAAAGUCUCUCUAUCCUUAUGCUAAAUCUAAUACUACCUGACUUGAAUGACGUCCCUGAGGGAGGGCAAUCAAAUAUGUACAAGGAACAUGGUGUACCUUCUCUCUAUGCUAUAACUGAUUCAACCAAUCAUGAACGAGCUUUAUCUCUCAUCUUAGAUGUGAAAGAUGAGUACCUGGGAAACCUAGGAUUUACUGUUGUUAAUAGGGCUGAUGUAACAGACAGUAAUUUGCUUGCGGAUUUGGAAGGAGAAUGUAUCCCAGCAUGCUUUGUGCUUCAAAGUCAUGAUAAGGUCAUUAAUGGUGGAGGUGUCAAUGAUGCAUCUGGACUGAAAGCAUUUCUCAAGGCAAACAUCCAGCAUGUCUUCAGUUAUCUGUACCCAAAUCAAGAUGAGAGUGAUGAUGAGAAAGACGUUGGAACGCACUAUGUUGAAGAUUACAUUCCUGAUCAGGAGCGUCAGGACGAUCUUGUCCAAGAAGCUACUAGUCAUUCGCGUCUUGCGUUUGAACGUAAGAAAUACAUCACCCCUGCUCUGACUGAUAAGACCUUUCCCAAGUUUACUGGUCAAUCUCAUCUAACCAGUGUUCUCUUCACAAUGGAAUGGAAUCCAAGAUCUCUUGCAUUCUUGGAUUCAUUUGAUUCAGCAGCAGAGAGCAUCAUGUCAUUCUUCUCUACUGAAAGUCAAGAACCCCCUCUUGGAAGAGUGGAAUGCUCCAACUGGCCUGAUGUGUGUGAUAAGAACAAUGUGACGGUCUAUCCCACUGUCAAGAUGUAUAGGGAGCAAUCUGAUAUAGCUACCUAUGGAGGGAUUCUGGAUGAGAGCAAUGUUUUGAAAAGUUACCUAUUGUACAAGCUGUCUAAUCCAGUGGAUCUAAAAGAUCUAGAUGAGGUUGGAAAAGCUACAAAAGGCAUCUUUCCAGCUCCAUGGGUCAAAGAUCACAUGACCAGCCUUACGUUGGCUGUCAUACCAGAUGGAUUCAAACAGGAGAAGGCCAUCUUUCAGCAAGUAGCAGAAGAGCUUAGGGGAGAAUAUUUGUUUGGAUUGUGCACCUCACACUGUGCUCAAGAAGUGCAAAGCUCUUUCCCAGACCAGGCAAAACCUUCAAUCACUGUCAUGAAAUGGAAUGACCCUGAGGAACCCCAGCAGAAGUUCAUAGAGGGGUCUACAUUUCAAGAUCUUGUGGCUUUUAUAAAACAAGCUAGUCUCCCUUUACUGCCUGAACUGACAGCAUCGAGCAUGCCCAUCUAUCUAGCGAGACACAAGCCUUUUGUCAUCCUCUUCCAUGCUGGUAAUGAAAUCUCAGAGGUUGCUGCACAGUCAAUGAAGCAGAUAGCAAACACAAAAUAUGGUCACCAGUACACCUUGUGUCAGAUGGAUAUUACUGAUGAGGAAUCUAUAGGAUCUCAAACUCUGACCACGUAUGGUUUCUUACCAACCCCUGAACAAGCAACCAUAGCCAUCUUAGAUCAUGCAUUGGGUGAAGUGUGUCGCUGUCCCCAUGGAAACGCUCCUUCUGAGACCGCUCUCACUGCCUGGCUAGAAGUAUCACUUGAAAGCCCCAAGCAAUGUUCCGAGGCAAGAGCCUUGAUGAAUCGUGAGUGGAAGCCUUUAGUUCCUCCAUAUGAUUUCCUCAAGUUUAUGGAAGAUGAACAACAUAUAGCAGGUGGCCGUAGAGGUCUUGGGAGUUACCAAGAUGAUAUGAAUGAAGGAACAGAUGAAAAAGAAGAGAAACCAGCAGGAGGUGCAGAAGAUAGUAUGAAAGUUAAUGUAGCAAUGAAUGAAAAUAAACAUUCUCAUAGUCAUGUUGAGCUUUAAUGUUUAUUUCUCUCAAAGAAACGACAUAUUUAUUCAGAAAGGGGUGGGUAUUAAAGUCAUUAAUGACUUGUAUGGAGUUCCGACGUUCGAAUAACAUUGAAUUCAAUAGAAGAUAUUUUUAAGUUUGCACAUGUAAUGAGAUUGAAAUAAUUGAGAAACCUUUUGUGGUUCUUCAUCCUAAAGUUGAUUAUCUAUUAAUUUGUCUCAAUCAUUUGCCAUUAAUUUUUAGUUUAUUUCAGAUUUGUGUAACGGGGGGAGGGAGUUAUUUAUUUAUCCUUGAAAUGAAAAUCUUUUCAACUAGCUGUUUGAACCAGUUACCCUCUGAACAUUCCUGUUUUAACACUUGAAUUAUUCAUACUAUCAUUAAUAGAGUCUGUUCUUGUGAAACUUAAAGAAGCAUUGGUGUAUUUAUGUUAUGGUAGUCAUUUAUGUGUAUGCCAUUUAGAUGGUAUCUCUGGUGUGUCAUUUUAAAAGCAUCUCUAUUAAGAAUUGCAAUUUGGUGUUUGAUGUUUAUUUCAGUUUAUGAAAUAUGUAUGCCCAUUGUGGUCACAACAUUAUGGUAAUAUUUAUAAUACCAUUUUGAUAGGCAAGUAUUUUGUAGUAAGCUUUUUUUUAAUUACGUGUAUUUAAAUUCUCCAUUUCUAAAUUUUUGGUGGAAUGUGUUACGUUAUUUUCAGAGGUUGAAAUUUUGCUACCAUUUUUAAGUCAUUCAUUUUGAAUUUGGCUAAGAAAGAUUUUUCUUUUACUAUUAGGCCUAAGUAUGCAGUUUAUGUGUGCUAUUUUUGUAUUGUAUUUAUUCCUUUAAUACAUCAACAUUAUCAUAGUAUUACUGAAAUCAUGAAUAAGAAAUUUAUGAAAUUUCUUGAUAUUUGUGUAUAAUUGAUGCACAAAUUCUUCAAGGUAAUAUUGAGUCUGCUGUUGAGGGAUAUACUGUAUAGGAACAAUAAUUCUGACAAUUUUUCAAAUUAAAGCUCACAAAAUCUAUUCCUCCUGAUAUCCCUAUGCAUGGUGAAUUAAAACACACUACUAGUAUUAAUAAUAUCUUUCCAUCCCAAAAAAGAGAACAUUGUCUGCUGUUUACAGAUGGUCUUUUAAACCUUAUUAAACAAAGCCAAUACUCAAUGUCAAUGUAGUUGUAUUUCUCAUCACCCAUGCAUUUCUAUUUACAAGUGACAAUGGGAGUGAGUGUAUAAUGUAACCUUGCCUUUAUGUUGGUCAAUUGUAGAAACUUGCACUUGUUUGUAUAUUUAUGGUUUAUGAACAAUGUAUUUUUUCUGAUGUAAAAAUAGAUUUGUUUUGCAACUUAGAUGAUCAAAAUUUUGUGACACAUUUUAAAGUUAAAUGGAUAACUAGAGAGGUCUUAAAUUUUUUAGGAAUUCCAAUUUAUUCUGUUUUACCUUUAUCUAAAAACUUAGUUGCAAUAACGUUUAUUUGCACAGUUCAAUUGCUUUUACCGGUACAUUGGUAGAUUGUAUGGUCUCAAACUCUCAAUGUAACAGCUGUAACACAAAGCACUAGAAAAAAAAAGUGAAAUGAAGUAUGUAUUAAUGUACAGUGCAUCCCAGAAAAGUGAUAUAUUUAUUUUGUUUAGAUUAUGUUUUUACCUGGUGCAACUUUCCUCUUCAUCAGUGAGUAAACACAGUUGAAGGAGUUUGAAGAAGCUCUUUAAGAAAAUAACUUAAGAAUAAAAUGUUCUGUUUCUUGACAAUUUUGCUUGAAUUCCAUAAUUGUA